AUGACGCAUGAAUUCAGCGGCGCCGUCCGCCUAGGCGCUCUAGACGACUACCUGAGUCCGUCACAAGAAUGCGUUCUUCCACUACUGCGGCCGACAACAGACACAGAACAAGGAAAGCCUCGGAAGGACGUAGCUGCUGCAGAUACAGCGGGAGCAUACACUGUAGGGACGGUGGGUACCAGAUCAGCAACAGCCUCGAGGCGGCGCAGGGCAGACCAACGCAACACAGCAGCAAAGGCGACAACAGCGUCAUCAGCGGCGUCAGCAGCAGGAGCGGGAUCGGCAUCUCUAGCCGAAAAAGAUGACGUUGCAACCCCUAGUGCUGAGCCGCAGGCCCAAGCGCAAGCGCAGCCAUCCCUCCCUCCAGACGACGAGGCAGCCGCAACACAACAGCAGCCAGUACAGGCCCAGGCACCACACUACUUCUCAGCGAGGACUCAACGAGACAGCGCCACAAAAGCAGCAGCCCCUUCCGAUGUUACUGAGACCAGCCGUGUGGCGAAGAUUUCACUAUCGGACUGCCUAAGCUGCAGCGGCUGCCUCACGUCGGCAGAAGACAUCCUGUUAAACCAGCAAUCCACAGAACAGUUUUUUUCGUUGGUGUCCAAGAAACGCAGCCGAGGUAUCUACACUUCACAGCUGGACGCAUCUCAUGGAUGGGACCCUAUUCCCAAGAUCGUCGCCGUAUCGCUCAGCUCCCAGUCGAUUGCUGCAGUGUCUGUCCACUUUGGAUGCUCCGCAGAUAUCGCGGCCGGCCGUCUCUCCUUCUUGUUUCGCUUGCUGGGUGCCGACUUUGUGUUCUCCAUGGCCGUAGCGGAGUCUCUCGCACUUUUGGAAACGCAGAAGGAGCUUGCAGGGAGGCUGUACAGCCAUCAAGUGCGUCUGGAAGAGGGGUUGCAGACAGCCAACGCGCACGGCUGCAGUGCAGAAGCUGAAGCGGCUCUUUCGCAGCUGCUGCCGAGCAGCGGCCCGCUGCCUCUCAUCACUUCCUUCUGCCCUGGCUUCGUCUUGUAUGCGGAAAAGAGUCUUGAAGCGCCUAUGUUAUCCUUCCUCUCGCGCGUCCGAAGCGCGCAGCAGAUCCAAGGCUUGCUGUGCAAGUCGGCGGCUCGUACGGCGGUCGAAGCCGAGGCUUUCCUGCUCGCGAUCAAGUCGCAUGCAUGGCCAGGAGCAGGCAUUGCUGUUUUCUCUGCAGCCGACGGUGCUGGGGCUGAGGGAACGCCUCGCUUGGCGCGAACGGAUCAACGAGUAUCCCCGUGUAGUGCAGCAGCAGAGACGUUCAAGCCAUGGGAUCUGCUUCGAUCCCUGCUGCGGCGAUCGCCUUUCACCUGCUAUGUCGCAAGCGGUACGGGGCCAGCAGCAGCAGCACCUGCAGCAGCACCUGCAGAGGCGGCAACCAAAAGAGGGGCAGGAAAUGCAUGUGCCAGACGGGCUGGAUUGACUCCUGAUGAGGUGGUGCAUGUUUGCUUGAUGCCCUGUUUCGACAAGAAGCUGGAGGCUGCGAGGCCUGUUUUCGAGCAUCGCGAGCAACAGCAGCAACAGCAGCAACAGCAACAACAGCAACAGGAGCCUUUAGCUGCGUUUCCUGCAUCGCGUCUGGCUUUUGGCACCCCUGGAGGCUCCUGGGCUGAAGUUGAUUUGGUGCUGGCAACCUCUGAGUUGCCGUCGCUGUUGCAGGCAGCCAACAGAUCCUUUGACACGCUGCCCUCUGCGCCUCUAGACUGUGUGGUGCCGCGAACGGCCCUGCGUCUUGCAGCGCGGAGUCUGCGGCGGGCAGCAGAAAUCGCCAGCAGGGCCCCCGGAAUGCGAAAUGCAGGGGGCCCCUUGCAGCCGUGCUGGAUCUCGAGGCCUGCAGCAGUUCUGGCUGGCAGUGGGGGGUACCUGGAGUAUCUCUUUCUGCAGACUGCCCGCGGUUUCUUUGGCCGCGACGUCUCUCCGGGGGCCCUUGAGUUCAUUAGGGGCCCCAACGAGGAGCUGCAGUCGCUUGCCUUGUUCUCGGAGGAACGGGGCGUGUUGGUUUCUAAGCAGGGCCUCUGGAGUGACAGUGCGCCUGCGCUGCUGAGAGGCGCGUUUGCGUAUGGCUUUAGAAACAUCCAGAACAUCGCGCAGCAGCUGCGCUUGCUGCUUCGGACAGCUGGCGAUGAAGGCUUCGCAAGCAAGGAGGAGACACCGCAGCCGCCUUACGGCGAAAGGCUGGGGCCCCUGGCGACCAGGGGCAGAGUGAAGGGGUGCGCUGUGGGAGGAGGCGGGUUUAACUGCAUUGGAUCCGUUAUUCCGCAUGUGGUUGAAAUCGGCGCAUGCCCAGGAGGCUGUCUGAAUGGGGGUGGCCAAGGGUUAGGUGCAGCCGCUGCAGGUCAUCAGGGCGCUCCCUCAGCUCCCCGCACCAUCUCGCGGAAGCGAUCCUGGAAUGUUUCGAAGGGAGAAAACGCGUUUGAGCCCAAGAUUAUUGGCAAUACGCGCGAGCCAUUGACGAGUUUGACGCAGCUGCUGCAUCUCGAGUUUCAGCUAAUACCUCCUCAUAGGCACCCCUUGGUCCUGCCCGCCUAUUUGUAUCUCUUUGGGUGUUGCUACGGGGCAGAGGCAGGCCAGGACGCUGCAGCUGCCCUUACUGAAUUUGAGGAGGCGCUACAGCACAGGGAAGCCAUGCAGGUAGCGCAGAGCCUCUUCGGUGAAGAGGCUUCGUCUGCGCUACCCUUGCAGUUCUGGUUAGCCCCUAGCGUUACUGCAGCGUUCCGCACGGGCUUCAGGCCCACCAAAAAGGCGGCCAAAGGCGGCACUACGGUUUCUCUUUCAGACCUCAAGUGGUGA